GUUAGAUUUAGAUCCGCGAAGAAUCUGCUUGGCUAGCCCUCCAAGAUCAGCGACGUUUUCCUGUAGUUUUAUCGGCAAUCUCGGGUCCAUAUCUAGCGGCUGUUGCUGCGCAGCUUGAGACGGCCUACUUGAGCUCUUCAAACUACCUACCGGUAGGCAACACCACUGAUUAUAAGGAGAGUUAACAACAGAAGCAUCAAGAUCCUGUUUGAAAUCAGCACACAGUUGUCUCCAGACAUCAUGAGGCUUGCCGAUGUAUAUGUUUCGUGUAUCCCAUUGAUGAUGUUGGUAGUGUCUAUUUCAGCUUGGAAGUACAAUUUCCUUGUUGAGGUAGAUAAGACAGUGGCCGACCUCAACAACUUUUGGGCCAGUACAGGUUUCUGCCCUCCCCUUCCACAUCAGAAGUCAUCUGAGUAUUUUUUGAGUGAAUCUGAAGUACAGAAUUUGAUUUUGCUUGGCUCUGUGCCUCAUGGAGGCAUUCAGCAGGUCCGUAUACACUGGCUGCUAGAUCUCAUCCAACUCAGUGUUGACAAUUCGACAGGUCAGAUCAGCUUCAACUUUGACCUGCUAGAUCAGCUGAUUGACCGACUAUGGAGCAAUGGAUUGCGGCCAGGCUUUGAGCUCAUGGGGAACCCAUCUAACUGGUACACUGACUUUGAAGAUGCCCAUCAGGUCUACAUGUGGAAAGACAUGGUCACAGUGUUAGCCAAGAGAUAUAUAGAUAGAUAUGGUCUGGAUUACGUGGCAGAGUGGAAUUUUGAAUCUUGGAAUGAACCAGACAAUAAGGAUUUUGAUAAUCUGAACUUCACAGUAAAAGGAUUCCUGAAUUACUAUGAUGCUUGCUCUGAAGGUCUGAGAGCAGCGAGUCCCAAGCUGCGUUUUGGUGGACCAGCAGGAGGUUGCCAUGAUCCCUCACACUCAGUCAUAUGCUGGGCAUUGUUACAACACUGUGAGAAUGGAACUAAUUACUUCACUGGGGAGAACGGUGUACGCAUUGACUUCAUCUCCUUCCAUCAUAAGGGUAAAGGUCAUUCCAUGUACAUUUUAGACAAAGAGAUUCAAACCAUUGAAUACAUACAGAGAAACUAUCCACGUUUGUCCGGCGUUCCAAUAUUCAAUGAUGAGGCUGAUCCAUUGGUUGGAUGGAGCAAGCCAGAGCAAUGGAGAGCUGAUGCUACAUACGCUGCAGUGGUGGUCAAGGUCAUUGCUCAGCACCAGAAUCUUCUGAUCAGACAACGGCCUGACAUGAACUACACGCUGCUUAGUAAUGACAAUGGCUUCCUGGAUUUCAACCCUCACUUCUUCACUCAGCGGACAUUAGUGGCUCGGUUUCAGAUGAAUAAGACCCAUCCACCUAGCAUACAAACUGUCAAGAAGCCUGUGCUGAGUGUGAUGGGCCUCCUGGCGUUACUUGGAGAGAUGCAAGUGCAAGUCAUACCAGACACUGGCAGAGAUGUAAAUAAUGACAGUGACGUCGGCAUCUUAGCAUCAGUGCACCACCCAUCCAGAGCCAAUGGAUCAUAUGACAGUUGGCAGGGGAGCAUUAUCAUCUACAACAGCAAUGACACCAGCAAUCUGGCAGGCAUGGACAGUGUCAAACUCACUAUCAAAGGAGUGCCAACAACAACCCAAAAUGUGGUGUAUGUUGUUUAUCUUGUCAAUAACACACAUGGCAACCCCUACAGACUGUGGAAGAUGUUUGGCAAACCUGUCUAUCCAACUAGAAAGCAAUUCCUAGAAAUCAGAAAACAUCAGGAUCCUGUGAGAAUCGAAGGACCGGCUCUUUUCACAGCCCCACAGAUGAUAUUUACUUUCAACUUGAGCAAACCAGGGGUCAUGCUGUUCCAUGUCUGCACCAAACCCACUGGCAGUCCACCUCAGGUCCAGGCCCUCAAACUCCAUGCUGUCACACAGAGUGACGUUCUGCUACACUGGGAUGACGUUCCUUCACGUUGCCUCUUAACAUAUCAGGUGGAAUUAUCUGCUACAGAGCAAGGGCAGUAUCUGCAAAUCAGUGAUGUUGAUUUCAUAUUUACAUCGUAUCUCUACUCCAUUGAUACGGGAAAUCAGAUGUCGUCCAAUGUCUCCACCAAAGGCUGGUACCGUGUGAGGGCAGUUGACUAUUGGAAUCAGCCUGGUGACUAUUCAACACCCGUUGAGUUGAAAUGAGACACACGUCAACUGUGUUUACAUUGAGCAGCGUUGAUCACGACUUCCAGAUCUGUGAGUGUCUCAUGUUGUAAACAGCAAUCCCACCUGCACGCUGUGACAUUUUUUGGCAAGUUUUAGGUGUAGCAUAGUCAAGUGAAAACAAGGGAAAAUGUGCAGUCUAAGCAUACAAUUCAGUUUUCUUUUAAAUUUGUGUACAUAAUUAUUCCUUACAUUACUACACAACAAAACAGUUUCACAUCCAAGACUAGAAUAUAAGUCAAGUGUGCAAUGGAUUGUAUUGUGUAUCACUGGAAGUGAACUUUAGUACUGAGUGGUUUAUUUUAUGAAUGCUUUUUACAUUGUAGCUCAGCAGAACUGAAUGAUGAACCUGUAUAAAUAUUUUUAAAGGUAGAGUACAUAAUUUGCAGCUAUCCAAAAAGUAACUGACGGAGUUUUUGGUGAAAAGCGUAUUUGGUUUAAAAAAAGUAAUAGUACUACACUCCCUGUGAAAUUA